AUGAGUUCUUCUUUCUCUUCUUCUUCUUCUUCUCGCAAGAAGUUUUUGGAUUCAGGACUUGUGAUCGGACAAAAAGAAGUAACAAGAAUUUUGAUUCUGUUUCUUGUUUUGACUGCAUCAGGUCUGGUUUUAUACAAAACAGCUUAUCCUCUGCAACGACUUGAUGUCGUCAACAAUCUCACCUCUCUUCUCGCUUCUCGAUCUCCACCAUUUCCAAAUCUCAAAUCAUCAGAAAUUUCUGCAGAAAUGAAAAAAUCAGAUAUCACAUUGAGAAAGAUUUUAGAGAAUGCGUCGACUAAGAACAAUACAGUGAUUAUAACGACACUGAAUCAAGCUUGGGCAGAACCAAAAUCCAUAUUUGAUCUCUUCUUAGAGAGUUUCCGUAUUGGACAAGGAACACAACAGCUUCUGAAACAUGUAGUUGUGGUUUGCUUGGAUCCCAAGGCGUUUCAACGAUGCUCACAGCUUCAUUCUAAUUGCUAUUACCUUGAAACUUCAGACACUGAUUUCUCUGGUGAUAAAGCUUACAACACUCCUGAUUAUGUCAGGAUGAUGUGGCGCAGAAUCGAGCUUCUUAUGCAAGUUCUCGAAAUGGGUUUUAACUUCGUAUUUACGGACGCAGAUGUAAUGUGGCUUAGAGAUCCAUUUCCUCGGCUAUAUCCAGAUGGAGAUUUUCAAAUGGCAUGUGAUAAAUUCUUUGGAAAUGCUUCCGGUUUAGACAAUUUGGCCAAUGGAGGGUUCGUAUAUGUGAAAUCGAACAAUCGAAGCAUUGAGUUUUACAAGUUCUGGUACAAAUCUCGUCUGAUUUAUCCAUGGUUACACGAUCAAGAUGUGUUCAACAAAAUCAAGAACGAGCCUUUUAUAUCUGAGAUUGGAAUCCAAAUAAGAUUUUUUGAUACGGUCUACAUUUGUGGGUUUUGUCAACCGAGCAAAGACAUGAACUUGAUUUGCACAAUGCAUGGUAAUUGUUGCCUUGGUACGGAGAAGAAGAUUCAUGAUCUGAAUCUUAUUCUUGAUGAUUGGAGAAAGUAUAUGUUUUUGUCAAAACAUGUGGAGAAUACGACUUGGAGUGCUCCUAAGAGGUGCUUGGAGAAAUAAAAAUUUAUUUAAUAGAUUUUGAUGAAAAUUAAUUUCAAAAACGAAGACUAUUUAUUGUGAUGUAAGGAAACUGUUCUACUUAGUUUAAUCAAAUUCUCUUUUUUUUUUU